UUAAUAAUAACACUAAAACUUCAUACUUUAUUUUGAAUUAUUUUUGGUCCAUUUAAACAACACUCAAUAAGACAACUUGCCCAUAUAAAAUGACGUAAUCAAAUACAAUGUUCCCCGACAACAUAAUAUUUACGUUCAUCGAGAAAUGAACAAACUCACGUUGCUACGUCUGGACCAAUAGGAUGACAUUAUAUUGUAAUGAAUGUAAUGGAAAUUUCAUUGUAUUUCAAUUUUUUUUUUUUUUAAAUGGGUUAUUUUUGUGGAAUUUUAAAAUCGGAAUAUUUAUAUAUUUUUAUAAAGUAGUAUGAUCUUGUUCAUUCCAAUAUCCAGUGAAAACGUGACAGAUAAUAGUUUCUCAACCACUAGUCUGGAAUGGUGGUGAUCUGCAGCAGUGUCUGCUGAUCUGUGUUAAGUUAAGAAAAUAAGACAAAUCCAGUCAAUAAAACAAGGACUGGGAUGGGAGGCUGAAAAAUGACUUGCACUAAAGCCCCAGUCUCACAUACAUGAAUUAUACCCGAAUGUUCAGGAAUAUACACGAUCCUAUGCAGCCCCAGUUGCUCCCGAUUUUAAUAUUUUUUUUGCAUGAUUCGGCUUCUUUCCCGAACUGCGUACGAAUGCUCAUGACUGUGGCAAGAACUAAUAUGAUACCACUACGAUCUUGAUAGGUAGGUAGGUAAAGUAUUUUACGUGCAUAUAUGCCACGAAGGCUUUACGCACGCCUAUCACGGGCUUAAUCUCCGACUUUCGGCAGUGACUAAGUCCGGUACAGGAGGGGGGUGGGGAGUAAGUUUGAAGUGGGCGGAAUUUGGAAUAAAAAUUUUAGUACGGUCAAAAAAAAACCCUAAGUCUAUGGAGAAUAAUCUGCAUCCCAAUCAUGUCCGGACUAAGAAAUUAAAACCAAAAAAUAUAUUUGAAUGCUCGGCCUAAAUUGUUUUAAGGUGAUUUGAGCAAUUGAACGGGUGCCAAAGUAAAAUGCGUUGGAUUUUUUAUAAAAAAAUAAACAGAGAAAUUUAAAGUCCAACUAAGCCCCAAAAAGGAGGUUGCCUGUCCUAGGUAAGAUAGGCGGUUCCCGGCGCGACGUGACCACUAGGGCUUGCCCCACUCCCCGUAGUUCCGUGGUGUGGAUGGCAAUCUGGUGGCCAUCCAAGAAGGUCUUAAAAUUCUCGAAGAUCCCGCCUGGCAGUCUGUCGGGAUUGGAGACGUCGCCCACCAAGUACUUGGAGUACUGGCCUCUGAUCUUGCCGGCUGCGAGCUUCCAGUCGUCCCGGGCGGAAGCAGAAGGCCGCGUCUUGGCUGGUUGGUCCCCCGGGGAGGAUUACGGCCUUCCACUUAGCAGCUCCAACAUCCAAGGUCGCCCCUGCGGAGUCCCCCAUGGGGGGGGGGGGGUCUCGACGCAGAUGGACGACGGGCAGGAACAGUUGACGCUGGCCGCGGUGCAUAAGUUGGCUGCUCUACCUGCCGUGUCGGUUCAGUCGGUUCGGUUGGUCGGCGAGUCACCUUCUGUCUAUCCCUCCGGUUUGGUCAUGGUGGGGGCGGUGACGCAGACGGGACCGCCGCUGGCAGUUGAGCCACCAGCUUUGUUCCUGCCUGAGCCAUACACUAAGGUCACGGUCGCCCGUGACCCCGUGUACGCGACUCGGUACUCCACCAGAGCCCACAAAGAGGCAAUCAUUCCCCCCAGGUGGGGGAGUAGCUCAAGAGCGCACGUUGACAUGUCUUGUCGCAUCACUAGUUAGUAGGAGAGUCCUACGAUCUUGAACCAGAUUCAUUACGAAUUGGGACGACCUGCUAUGUGUCCCUUAGGAUGCCUUCCCGAAAACGCAUCAAGAAUUACUAUGACAUGCCUACGAAUCCGCACAACUUCUACACAAAUCAGUACGACUGCCUCAAGAACCAGUACGACUGCCGCAAGACGCCUAUAUGAAGGCUGCCGAACAGGCCAGAUUUCAUUCGACGUUCUGCCUGCAAGCAGUGAACAUCACCAUGCCGCUCUUCAAGAAGUCGGCAACUGGCUGCAAGGGACGAGGGAAGAGCCAGUGUACCCGUGGAGAACCAGAGGCAGAGAAAGAGCCAGAGGUAGAGAAAUACCCUUCAAUAGUUGUACAAAUACCCCAUGUUUAACCACAAAUAUCCCGAAUGUGUCUACGAACAUACUACGGUUACGCAUGAUGCCCUCAAGAACUCGUAAGAUUGAGUCGCGAUUUCAACUUUAUUCAUGAUUACUCCCGACAGUUUUGAACGUUCAAAAGUCGGGAGUCAAUCCAGAAUACUGACGAAAUGCUAGGAACCCCUUACGGUCUCAGUACGUGUAUCUAAGAAUCGCCAAGAAUUCUUAAAUUGUGCCCUUUCGGGAUAUAAUUCAUGUAUAUGUAAGACUUGGGUUUAAGUGAAGAAUUGUGUUAUGGAUUGCUUUAUUGUUUUUGUACAAACAUCAUUUUAAUUCAUAUUAUUGUAUGUGUCUUAUGCAUUUUGAGAAGUGCAUAGAGAUCAUGGAAUUAUAUGACACCAUUAUUUAUAUUUUACUUACAAUAAGAAUAAUAGUACCAUUAUUCAAGUGCAAUAAUCAUCUGUAUAGUAUAUUUUAUACUACCAUUGUAAUAUAGCUGUCAGCUGUAGUACACAGUGUACAUAUAUAUGUACAUUAAUUCAUUGUUCAGAUAAUGGCAUAAUUUCUUAUCUACUGGUAUUGUUUCAUAUAAUCAGCAAGGGAUCUGUAUUUGAAUUUCUAUCAUUGUUAUGUUUUAAGUUUGAAAAGAUGUUUAAAUUUAUUUUAAACCUGGUUUGUAAGGAUAUGUGAAAAAUAGAAUGCUACAUUCAUAUCCCUUUGAUACCAUUUAUCUUACAACUCAUUUAAAAACAUAUCCAACUUGCUUUUGCUUGUUGGAUCUAUACGUUUUAAAACAACUCAUAAGACAGAUGGUAUCUAAUGGCCACUCUUAGUAUUUUCUAUAAAAUUCAUAGUGGCAGAUUCAAUAGCGACAAAUACAUUGGAUAAGUUGAUAUAUAUAUUUGAUCUAAAAGAGCUAGAAAUCUAGUUUGCUCAGUAACUUGUGAUUGCCUGUUUAUCAUCUAGAGAUACUUUACUCACACACACAGUUACAAACUAUUUUAACUAUUAUUUUUAUGUUCUCCUUUUCGUCAUUCUUGACGAUAAAUUUGAAACAAAUAGAAGAGGCAAUCUAGAGUUUACGUUUAAUAUCAAGGGCUUAUAACCUCAAACAGGCCUCGGUGGCGUCGUGGCAGGCCAUCGGUCUACAGGCUGGUAGGUACUGGGUUCGGAUCCCAGUCGAGGCAUGGGAUUUUUAAUCCAGAUACCGACUCCAAACCCUGAGUGAGUG